AACUCAUCGAGAAGAAAGAGUUUCAACCUGUCUGCUGUCAAGUGUAUACGUGUUGGCAUGUUUUGUAAUUCGCAUAGACAUAACGAAUUGAAGUUUUCCAUCAUUGCAAUGUGUCAUACGCACGACGAUCGUUCACAGUGAUAAAUGCCAGUGUACUUAUCGAAUAACACAAUCGACGUUCACCGUUAACGGGAAAAAUGGCGUGGUUCGGUGACAGUUUAUCCAGUAUCUCCAGUUUAAAAGGACACAUCACGAAUCUCACGAGGGAGGUUUUAUCUGAUGGUAUCGUUGACGAAAUAGACGAACGAUCAAAGGAGUUGAAGGAGGCAAACGAAAGAUGCAUCCAACUGCAGGAUUUACUCACCACGAAAGAUGCAGAGAUUUCUCUCUUGCGUCGACAGAACUGUGAGCUCCAGAGAGCCGUCAUCGAGAUAAAGUCCAAGGAAUCGAGGGACACCGAUGAGGCCGAAGGGAUUUUCUGGGAACCAUCGUGCGUCGACAAUCGCAACGCAAGGAAUCAGAAUCAUGUACGCCAGCUGCAGGAGCAGUUGGCACAAGCCACCGUGAAAGUACGCGAAUUAGAAUGCCAGCUAAAGCACAUUCAGAAGGUGAACACGUCCUUCAAGGAUGAUAUAUCCGACGGACAUCAAAAGGCUGAGGUUGUACGGGCGAAACAAGACAUACUGAAUCGCAUAAUACAAAUGGAAGAAAAGACUCGGGAGACAGAACGAAACGCUAAACAUAUCCAGUUGGAUGAAGCCAGUCUUAUCAAUGAUUUUCGUUCGGUAAUAUCAAAAUUAAAUUCACGUGAGAAAUUUGACUUAAUCAGCGGAGCGUUAAAAGCUUUACAAAUUGAAAACGAGGUGCAAAAAGAGACGAUUGAAAAAAUUAAGAAUCAUGAAAAAUCCAACGAAGAACUUGAAAAAGUCUAUGGCUUUGAAUAUAAUUCUUUAGCUCUUAAACAUACAAGUUCGCAACAGGGCAAACCGCAUGAUACGACCGAGGAACUUUUCAUCAAUAAAGAAGAGAUAUUACAAGAGAGAAUAGAAGAACUCCAAAAUGAAAAUAAAGAUCUUCUAAAUGUUAUGGAAAAAUUGGACGGGGAAUAUACGCAAUCGAUUGAAAAUUUAUUAUCGCUCAAAGAGGAAAGCAAUAAGAAGCAUCGCUCUCUACAAAAUGAGUAUGAACAACUUUCCGUAGAUUAUAAUGAGGCCAAGAAAAAAAUAAUUGAAUUACGAAAUGACUUAUUGAAACGCGAUGAAAAUACCUGUACAGAAACAAUUCAUCAGUUUGUUCAGACGGAUAAUGUGGAUAAGUCAGACAAACAUGUUCAAAUAACAGUUUCUUCACAAGAAGCUGAUAUAUCAGAAACAAGCCGACUAGACGAUAUUACUGAGAAAGUUAAAAUUAUUCUAAAGAACUGUACCAUAAGUAGUACUGAACCGGGAGAAUCGAUCUUCGAAGCUAUUGCGAAACAAUAUGUUGAUGCUAAAUGGAAGCUAGAUGUUUUGGAAAGGAAGAUAACUGAAGUUACUAGAGACUUGAAGGAAACCGAAGAGAUGAAAGAUGGCUUGCAAAUGGAAUACGAAGAACUACAAUCUCACAUAGAUUCGUUAUUGUUAGAGAAAAAUAUGAGAAUGAAAUCAUGUCAGGGUUUAGAUUUGAAUUUACCAUCUAUUCCUGAGGCAAACGAAGAACGAGUAGCUUCUCUAGAAAUGGAUAUUGAAUCUUUACGGGAAGAAGUAAAACGCCUCUUGACUGAGAAUAAAACGAUACAAGAAACAAAUUCAACUUUGAUGCUUGCUGUACAAAGUAACGAAGUGCCUUUAACGAACAACGAUGAUUUACAAGGAAAUAUAAAUCGCAAACUGUAUACACUUAUAGAGGAAAAUAAAGAACUUCCAAUAGCUUUAGAAGAGAGUAAAAACUCAAACGAAGGUAUAACAUCGAUCGAGCAAUUGAAACUCGAUCAUGAAAAUAUGAAAGGAGAAUUAAAGCUAUCCGAAACGAAGUCAUUAGAAACUAAUCUUGCAUCUUUGCAAGACACUGUAAAUAAAUUGACAGAGGAAAAUAAAGAUUUAUUACGGAAGAAUAAACACUUGGGUAUGCAAUUACGUGACAAGGCUUUGUAUGAACGUAACCUACAAGAAGAAACUGAUUAUUUGUUGGAAGACUUGCAGAAACGACUCAAUAAAGCCAAUUGUGAAAAAUUAGAUUUGAAAAAUGAUAUUUUACAUAAGGAAGAACAAUUGACUGCGAUGCAGAUUCAAGUUGACAUGAGACAAUCUGAAAUAGUAAAAUUGUGUCAAGAUAAUGACAGAUUAAUUAAAGAAAAUACAUCUCUGUCAGAACAAUUAACUGCUACGCACGAUGAAUCCUUGGAUAAGAUAGAGUUAUUAAACACAGAAAUGUCGUUGCUUCAGCAAGAACAUGAAGAUUUGAAACAAGAAAUAUUGAUUUACAAGGAAGAAUUACCUGUAUUGAAGGAAAAAUUAUACAAGGCACAGCAACAGUAUACAAAACUGGAAAAUGAAUAUUAUGCGUUUAAGUUACAGAGCGAGCAAUUUCAGUUACAUAAAAAGAAUAUUCAAAGUCAAGAAAUAGAACCUGGAAAUGAAUCAAGUCUUAAAGAAUCGUUUACAGAAGAAUUGUUAAGAAAUAAGAUUUUAGAAUUGUUAAGAAAUAAGAUUUUAGAACAAGAAAUAGAAAUACUUCGUACUAAAGAAACACAAGAAUUAAAAAAAAAUGCUGCGGAGAUAUCUUCAACAAACAUAGACAAAACUAAUAAAGAGGAAAAACUUUCAACUGCUGAAGAUAACUUAAUUGGAGUAGAAAAUGAAGUUACAGACGUGAACAUAGGAAAGCAAGCUUUAAUGACAAGAGAUACGAACAUAACAUUUAACGAACAGCAAACGUUUAAAUCAAUUGUCGAUGAAGAAAGACGAGAAAAAGACAUCAUAAAAGCGCAUAACGAAAACUUAAUGGAUGAAAUUAACGAUUUGCGCAGCAAGUUACAAACUGCUUUUGAGAAUAAUAAAGAAUCAGCAGAAAUGGCUAAACAAACUAUUGAAGAUCUUUCUCAUAUUAUUAGAGAAAAAGACCAGGAAAUAAAUAUUUUACAAGCUGAGAUAACUCACGCGAAGAGUAUUAUCGCGCAGUCUUCGAACGAUCUUGCUGUAAUCAGAAACCAGAAGAAUGAGAUUGAACAACUCGUUUCUAUUAAACACAACGAAAGCUUACAAUAUCAAAACGAGAUUCAAAAGUUAAUUCAGCGCGUAAAUGAACAAGCAGCUCGCAUCCAAGAAUUAAUUUUUGAGCAAACAGCGAACGAGAUGCGUAAUAAGGCGAAUGUAGAGGCUCAGCAAGGAGGCCACGAUGGAGUUGAUUCCGGACAGAGUAUCGAAAUCGUAGCUCUGAAUAAAAAAUGCGACGCCCUAGAAGCUGCUCUGAUGCAAGAACAGUCAAACGCUAGAAUUUUGCAGAACCAGCUUAUCGAAAUUCAAAACAAGGAAGCUAAUUCCGCUAAAGAAUUAGAGAGAUUGAGAACACACUUGGUCGAAAUGGAAUCAAGUUAUACGGAGGAAGCCUUAAUCGCCGAAAAUAAUCGUCAGGAGUUGGAAGCAAGAUUAUUGCAAGCUGAAGAAAAAGUAAAAAGUAGUUCAACCGCCUUCACAUCGGCAAAUAUUAGGGCUAAUCAACAAGUGGAAACAUUGCAGCAACAAAUAGCUCUGAUUACUCAACAAAGGGAUCAAAUACAGGCGAAAUUAUCCGCAGCAGAGGACAACAUUCAGUUGCAGUCUGCUUCUUUGACUAAUUUACAAAUAGUUUUGGAACAAUUUCAACAAGAUAAAGAACGCGACGUCAUGGCGGCUACAGAAAGACUUCGAUCUCGACUCGCUGAGUCAUACGAGAAACAAGAUAAAUUAGUAGAUGACGCUUCAAAUCUACAGCAACAGUUACGUGAAGCUAGAGAAUGCUUGAAAGCUGCCUCUAGACUAAGCGAACAACUCGAGAAAAAGGACGAACAAAUCGAGCGACUCAACGAGGAAGUGGUACGAUUGACAGCAUCCUUAAAUUUUGCUGACCAAAAGGUGAAAGAGGCAACGGAACAUGAUGAGGGAAAAGUUGACAAAGUUCUCAUAAAAAAUCUUCUUUUGGGCUAUUUGGCUUCGACCACGUCGGACAAGUCUUCAAUUCUCAGAGUCUUUGCCAACAUUUUGGACUUCACCGAGUCGGAGAAAGAUAAGACUGGCUUGAAUAACGUGACAGCACACGGUAGCCGUCAAGCCAACAAAAAUAGCGGCGCAUCUUUAAAAGACCAAGAAGCAUCCUUAUCAACGGCCUUUGUGAGGUUUUUAGAAAGUGAAUCUAAGCCAAAACCUCAGUUACCAGCUUUGCCUAUUGUGAAUUCGCCUUCAUCGCGACCAGGAUAUAAUAAACAACAGUCGUCAUCCUCAUCGGCGCAAUCUACAUUACUAUUGUCCAACGUUGCUCUUCCAACAUUCCCAGACUUUAUUCCAGCCAGAAAUACAGGAUCCAUUUUGAAGGAGGUGUUGAAGGAUAGUUGAUAUUUAAACACGUUAUAUUAAACAUUGUACAAAUAACAUUAGAAACUAUAAUACAAUCGAUUGCAUUUUAUAUCAAUCCGUAAUAGUUAUUUCUACCGCCUGACUGCAUACCACUUCGAUCACUUUGCAAACAAUCCUAAGAUUUUUUAAGUAAAACUCUGUAUGCAUAUUAUAUAUACACACACACACACA